UUGGCAUGUACACCCCGGACUCCGGGCAGAGGAGGAGUUCCGCACUUUCUGUUUGAAGCAUUCUGGGAGAGACAACGAUGUGUCCGUCUGAGCAGACGGGAGAAGAGACAAAUUAACUUAACUCCAUAACUUCACUGUUUUUCAAAAUGAUGCGUUUUCUGCUGCUCUUCAGUCGCCAAGGGAAGCUCCGGCUGCAGAAAUGGUUCCUGCCACUGCCGGAGCGAGAGAAGAAGAAGAUCAUCAGGGACAUGACCACCAUGGUGCUGGCUCGAAAACCACGCACGUGUAACUUCCUGCAUUGGAGAGAUCUGAAGAUUGUUUAUAAGAGGUAUGCCAGUCUGUACUUCUGCUGUGGUUUGGAAGACCAGGACAAUGAGCUGCUGGCUCUGGAAGUGCUGCAUCGAUAUGUUGAGCUGCUUGACAAGUACUUUGGCAAUGUGUGUGAGCUGGACAUCAUCUUUAACUUUGAGAAGGCGUAUUUCAUCUUGGACGAGUUCCUAAUGGGGGGAGAGAUACAGGAAACAUCCAAAGUGUCUAUUGCUAAAUCCAUCGAGGCUUCAGACAUGCUGCAGGAGACGAUGGAAGAGUACAUGAGCAAGCCGGCCUUUUAGCAGCUUGUCAGAGGGAAGCAGCACUCAUCCACGGAACAAACAUUACAGCACUCACAAAACAGACCAUGGCUUCUGGUUACACUUUUCUAAUAGAAGCUAAGAAGAUAUGAAGUUACUGUUAAAAGUCUGUAUGUGAAGGAAAUAUCUGUGUGUAACACGUCUAGGAGAAACAUUUUGUGUGCUUUUCCAGUCACAAUUUCAAAUGGAAGUUUUUAAACAAUAGUAGUUCUUACUUAUAUUAAUAAGUAUUUGAGGAGUGCUUGUCUGUUUUUUUUUUCAACAUCUUCUCCCCCUCUUUCACUUCUUUGUUACUUGAAAAGGUUGAUUUUGAAGCAGAAUAAUACAGACUUGGGAGAAUUUGAGUGAAGAUGUAGGACUCAGUUUGCACGACUUGGAAAGAAGUUUCAGUUCACAUCCUCUUUUACCUGAUACAUGAUUGAUCGCUUGAUUUGCAAUAAUUCUAAUGAACCUCAAAUUAAUGUAAAGUGCCUACUUUGUGAUUGUAUGUCACCUACAUGUUUUAAUGAGUGUGGUGUAUGUCUUAUCAAAGCAGAUAUUUUGAAAACACUUGAAGAGAGAUUUUAUAUGCAUUGAACUGGUUGCUCACUAUUAUGCUAUGAUGAUUAAAUUGUAAAAUCUACACUGUUAAUAUUGACAUUAAAAUGUAUUUUGAUACAUUUUCGGUCCA